AUGCGAGAGCCUUUGGACAAUCUUAAGAUAUCUGGAAUCUUUGGCUCGUCAUCAAAAUCACGGACUUGUUACUCAACAACCAAGAAUUUGGUGGCAUAUGCCGCUUCUGGAGGUGUAGUAGUAGCAAGACUAGAUCUAGGGGCUCAGAGAGUUAGCGAGCAAAGGUUUUUUUGUGCCUCUUCUAAAUCUCAUAGGCAAGAAGUGUUUUCUACAGCUAGUUUAUCAAAAGAUCAGUACGGAUUGAUAAAACCUGAACAGAGCAUAGUGAUUAAGGGUGACACAUGGAAUGAUGCCGAUGAAAAUUCCGACAAGACUAUCACAAUUGGAUCUGACCUUUCUCCUGCAAGGUGCUCCCCAUCCAAGAUCAAAGAUAGAAUAAAAGAUAUCUCAUGUUUGUGUCUUUCUAACGAUGGAAAGUUCUUGAUCGUAGGAGAAACUGGACAUCAACCUAGAAUCCUACUCUACUCAAUGGCGCCCGAUUCUAAUGACUACCCAGUUUUUGUUAUCCACCAACACAGCUAUGGAAUAUCCCAAUUACAAUUUCACCCAGAGGACAGCACUAUUUUUACCAGUCUAGGGCUUAUCAAUGACGGUUUUUUGCAUAUUUGGAAGCUUUCUUCCCACGGUGUGCGUCUAAUUGCAAGUAAUAAAAACUCCACUAUAGUGCUAGGACUCAAUUGGUAUAAAGACUCAGCACUUGUGACAUAUGGAGUUAGACAGAUAAAAGUGUGGAAAUUUGAGAACCCCAAUAACGCGGCUAAUAGUAAACUGGCGAUAUCUAGAACAAGAACUGCAAUAAAGGGGAAAAACAUCGUUCUCGGGUCUUUAAUAGAAUCUACGUUUAUUGAUUGUGAGCGCUUAAGAGGAGAUCAGCUUCUUUUUCUGACUGAUUCCUAUCAGAUAGUAUUGUAUCAAAAUGGAUCAUUAAUUAGUUUCUUCCAACUGGAUUCCAAUAAACAAUACGACAACAUUCUUGUAGAUUGGGACAACGAUAAACUAUGGCUAUCAUAUGAUGAAUCUGUUGAUAGCAUUCCUCUCACACAUAUACUAAAUCACCAAGAAAGGUUAAGACCAACAACAGGUAGUCUGAAUUCCAGAAGCUCAAGUCCGAUUAAAUCAAAGCUAUUCGAUACAAAGUUAACCGAACCGGAAACCAGUCCUCGUGACAAACAAAGGAUUCUAAUGAUGUCUUUGUUAGACGAUAAUGUGUUGCUAUAUUGUACGUCAAAGGGAGAGAUCUCUGUAAUAACAGAGGGAGGUAUCAACCAAAUAUCAAAUCCUUCGCUAAAUGAUAUCAACGUAUUCAAGAAGAUAGACCAAAACUUGGCAGUUAUAUCCAGCAAAAAAGGUGAUAUAAAACUAUUUAAUGGUCUUGAACUAUCAAAAUAUGACAUCGAGCUGCCGGAUCUACCUCUCAGCGAAGAAAUAACAGCACUUGAUUUGAGUUUAACCGAUAAUCGCUUAGUAGUUGGAGACUCAACCGGUAAAUUGUUAAUCUAUAAGGAAAACGAAUGUGAAUACCAAGAAAAUAUACACAGUUCUGCCAUAAAUGACGUACACAUUUUUGAAAAAGACCAAAUUAAAGUAGUUAUCACUGUCAGUAGAGAUAGAACGAUGAAUUUUAUCCAAUUGGUAGACGGGGAGUGGUGUAUUUGCGAAACGAUCAAAGAUAACAAGGGGAACAUUAUUCAGUUAGAAAUCUCUGAUAAUCAGAUAUACACCAUAUCCAGUGAUCGAACAGUAUCGUGUUAUCGUCUUGACAUCGUGGACCAUAUGAUAAAUGUUUCGAAAGAAAAUAUUCUUUCUGUGAAAAACUCUCCUUUGAAGUUGCAACUAACAAAUUCUGACAUUGUAGUGUCACGUUCUGAUAAAAGCAUCCAGAUAUUCGAAAGGGAUAACACCUCCAGUCCAAGGGUACUUCGUCUACUGGAUGACCAAGGAGAUGGGAUCCUAGUGAACCAAUUCUACGUCAACAAUGAAAAAGAUCAAAUUAUCUGCUCGUCAUCCUUGGACAAAGCUAUUAGAUGCUACAGUUUCGUUACUGGUAAAUGUCUUAACCAAUAUUAUGCACAUGCGGAUCCAGUGAUAGGCAUGACAACCGUCGCCAAUAAGUUUGUUACUGUAACAGGAAAUGGGUGCUUGUUCUCUUGGGAAAUGAAGACAAAGGAAGAUAUAGCGGAAACUGCAACUACGGCGGAAAAUCUCGAUUUAGUUAGUAGCGCUUUUACCGAAAUGACAGUCUCUGUACCAUCCACCCCGGUGAAAAGUCCCAAGGGCAUAUCCCCGGUCAAGCUUACACACCCUACACCAUCGUACUCCCCAAUAAGAAAAGAAAGUCCUGUUAGUAGUUCCCCCAGAAGAGGGAUCAUACCUGCCAACCAAUUAAUAACCUCCAAGGUUGACUCCCAGAAUAUCUUAAACACACUACGGCAGUUGAGAAGACUAUUAGCAAACAAUGAGAAUGUAGAAAACAUAGGCGAGAUUCGCAAAGAAGUGUCUGUAAUUCAUGCACUUCUAGAGCCACAGGAAACCCUACUCCAAGAUUUUGGUGACAAACUACUGCAGUUGGUGGAGGCAAAGCUACAGAAUUGA